AGAGAGAGCAAGAGAAAGAAGGAGGGACAAACUCAUACAUUAUUGAAAAGACGAAGAAGAUUUCGCAACAACUAAAAUAAAGACAAGAAUAAAGUCGACAAUUACCUUAGGAUAACAUGAAGACAUGGACAUUCUACCGAUAAACUUUAAAGCUCUGCGUUUUUGCGGUGCAUGGAAAGAACGGGAGGACGACAAUAUAUGCAUCGGGUUUUUACGUAUUUUUUAUAAGUACGUUAAACGUACUAUUUAUAUACUAAAAUAUACCAUACGAUAUGCGGUUUUUCUCUUGAUAUAUGAGUUCACCAUAUUCGAUGUAGUAGAAGUGAUUCGCACACGUGAUCGCAUCCAUGAACUGACCGAGGGGCUCUUCUUGGGGUUGACGUUCGUAACGUUGUGCGUGAAAUAUGCAAAUUUCUUGCUGCGGGAAAAUGAGAUGACGGAUUUGUUGGAUUCCCUGCGUGUAAAAAUGUGUCAACCGAGAAAUUCGAUGGAAAAGCUGAUAAUGGAGGAGCACAGUCGCAAAGCCAAGUGGAGUACUAUCUUGUUCAUGGCAAUAUCGUUUGCGACCGGGCUGGGUAUGAUGGUCACGCCAGCUUUGGAAUUGCUCAUGGGGGGUGAGCGUACGCUGCCAUUGAAGUCGUACAUCCCGUACUCCUUGUCGAGCCUACUUCCAUAUCUAGCUACAUAUCUGCAACACUUUUUGACUUUGUUCUAUGCGAUAACGCUUAACGUUAGCUUCGACUGUCUCGUUUAUGGCUUCACAAUUCAAGUUUGCGCGCAGAUCGAACUGAUGUGCUACCGACUGACAGACAAUUUGAGGAGCACCGGCGACAUCUCUUUCGGAAAAAAGCCGCAAACGAACGCCUCGAUCGAGGAAUGCAUCAGGCAUCACCUGCUCGUGAGCACUGUAGUAAAGAAGCUACGAGCGUUUUUUAUAUGGACGGUAAUGAUCUUCUUCUUCUUUAGUCUGCUCAUCGUUUGCACCAGCAUUUUUCUAGUAUCAAAGAAGAAACUGCUUAGUUUUGAAUUUCUCUCUAUGUUCUUGUAUCUCAACGGUAUACUGCUCCAAUUGUUCUACUACUGCUGGUAUGGAAAUGAGCUUGAGUUGAAGAGUAAAGACAUCGCAAACGCUAUUUAUUCCAGUGAUUGGACAAUGGUGACGCCGCGAGAACGUAAGUCACUGAUGCUCAUUAUGAUAAGCAGCCAAAAAGGAAUAAUGUUCUCCUAUCACGGAGUGUUCGCGUUAUCUCUUAACACUUUUACCUGGGUAAGCAAGCGAAAGUAAAGAAAACAUAAACAUUUGCAUAUCAUAUUACGCGCAUUUGCGUGGCUCACGUUUGAAAUCUCAAAAUUAUUGCGGCAAUUACCUGUGCAUUCGAUUUAUUGCAGAAGCUAAUUGCGCACAUGAAUGUAAAUUAACGCUUAGACAUUUCGCAAUGAUGCAAUAUUUUAUUUCCGCAGAUAUGCAGGACUUCUU